AUGUUUCGCCCAUCGAAUGGAGCUAGCGAGUUCCGCAGCACGCGCGUCUCACCGCAGCAGAUCCUCGAGGAGAGCACCACCAGGAAGAAGGGCAGAAAAGAUGAUCAAGGCGACCUUUACUGGACACAAAGCCGAGCUGGAAGACGAUCGCAAAGAUAUGGCUGUCUGAUUCUGUUGGUCGGAAUCAUCGCUGGCUCGCUCAUGGGCGGCAUGCGUAUUGGCCUGGAACUGCUCAGCUACUACAAAGACCAGGGCAAGUACUGUCUCGUGAUGGAAGACAACUUCGACGGUCCUCUCAACACAACACUCUGGCAGCACGAGGUGUCGGUCGGCGGCAACGGCAACGGCGAGUUCCAAUGGGAUCAGGCCUCGCCUCAAAAUUCUUACACCGAAGAUGGCAACCUCUACAUCGUGCCUACUCUCACGGCAGAUGUCAUUGGUGAGGCAAACAUCUACGAUGGCUACACCGUCAACCUGACUGCCGACGGCACUUGUACACAAAAGGAGUCCAAGUGGACCGAGAUCGACCGCAAGAUCCCGAUGCAGAUUGCUAUCAACAGCACGCACACCAACUGCCAAGCACACAGCAACGCAACCCUCGGCACCGUGAUCCCGCCGGUGCGAAGCGCGCGUCUAACCACCAAGGGAACCGCAGCGAUACGCUAUGGUAGAGUCGAAGUUCGCGCUCGUAUGCCUACGGGCGACUGGCUCUGGCCUGCAGUAUGGAUGAUGCCUCGAGACGCGGUCUACGGCGAUUGGCCACGAUCCGGUGAGAUCGAUAUCUUCGAAAGCGACGGCAAUAAACCAACUUGGCGAUACGACGUGCACAGCAACUCAAUGCGCAGCACCCUUCACUUCGGCUAUGAUCCCGAUCACAAUCUGCAACGCAAGUGGGGAGGAAUUCGCCUUCUCUGGCGCAAGUACUUCAAUGAAGACUACCACACCUUUGGUCUCGAAUGGGACGAGCACGGCAUCUGGACCUGGGAGCGCUCGCGAAACUAUCGCGUUCUCAACAAAAAGUUCAAGAAUUUUGCCAUUGAUCGCGAGCCUGUCCAGCGCGACAAGAACGGCGUUCUCAUCCCGCCGCCCAACCCGUGGCUGUUGUCGAACAGCAAAGCGGCACCAUUCGAUCAAUACUUCUACCUUAUCCUCAAUGUUGCUGUUGGCAGUACAAAUGGCUACUUUGCAAACAGUCCGUGGUCCAACUCGGAUCCUAACGCUGCGCGCGCCUUCAUCGAGGCGAAAGAUCACACCUGGGGCCCAACAUGGCCGCAAGACCCCAAGAAGCGUGGCAUGGCCAUCGACUACGUCAAGAUGUGGCAGCGCUGUGGAUAG